AUGAGGUUCUCUCAGCUGGUUUUCCUGACUUGUGUGGCAAGAUCAGGAGCCUUAUCAGUAUCGAACAUCCAAUCAGGGCAAACUAUACGAUAUUCCGGCCUAUCAUUUUCGACAAGCAACAGCAGUGUACCGAUAUAUGCGACAAAUGGCACGUUCACUAUCAAAGGAUCCAAAUCGACUCCGGGCGUCGUAGUACUUGAUUAUGGAAUAAAUGUCGAGGGCUUUCCGACAUUUCAAGUCCUUUCUGCUAUCGGAGAUACAUCUGGUCUGGAGAUCACAUACAGCGAGUCUAGAGAAGUGCUGGAUAAUCACUACAUGAGUGAUGGGCCUCUCGCAUUAGCGGCAGCUAUGGACACGUACAGAGUUAAUCAAUAUAACAUCAGCGGGCCAUUGGUGCAAACAAACAGACUUAUCCAAGGAGGCUUUAGAUACCAAAAGUUCAAUCUCUCGACAGCUGGCGAACUGGUUCUCGAGAACGUUGGAGUGAAACCAUCAAUUCCAAGCACACCGCUUAAUCAACUGCCAGGGUACUUCGAGUCAUCGGACGAGGAUUUGAAUAGAAUCUGGACAGUAGGAGCGAGAACUGUUCAAUUGAAUGACAUUCCUGCGAAAUCGAUACCUCCAUUCUGGCAGGUCUCGCUGGAAGGAACCUUGGUUGAAAGCCAAGCACCUCAGGUGCUUUCUGCGGGUGGCAUAGCUGCUGCGUUGAUGGAAUACCAGCUUGUGUUCGAAGUAAAACCAAUCGCAAAAGGGUUUGCAUUCUCGGUACUCGCUGAUACGCUGAAUUCAGGAAUUUACAUAUCCUGCAACAUUGCGAAUGGGUCGAUUUCAGCACAUUUCGGAGCUACUGAGGACUCUCCUCAGAUUGCAUUUGCAACGCUUCCGCAGAGUGUAACCAUCGGUACCUGGCACAAAGUGAAAGUAAUGGCCAAAAUGACUCACAUUGCUGUUGUCAUCCAAGAGGUCCCAGUUUUUCAAUUCUCGCAGACUUCAUCUUUUUUUGGGUCGUUCGGAUUCGGUGCACCGCUAGGCCACUCGGCUGUUUUCCGCAACUUGUCCGCCACAGACCUGUCAGGAGAACGAAUUUAUUCAGCUUCCUUGACUGACGAAACUUUCUUUUCUGAUUUCCUUGUCGGCACAAACCCGCGGGAUACUACGGUAGACGGCUCGAAACGCGAUCGUAUUGCGUAUGCAGGCGAUCUAGAUAUCGCGCUGGUGUCUUCACUAGCGAGCACAAAUGGUGUUAGCUAUGUUCAAGGCACGCUGGAUCUUAUUGGUUCUUACCAGUUGACUCCAGGAUUUUUCGCACCAACUGCAAAGAUCCAACAGGGACCACUUUCCACACCCAUUAACGUCAGCCAGACUGGUCUGAUCGGUUACUCAUUCAACCUUCUCACCGCUGUUGCAGGGUUUUACAAGCGUACUGGCGACGACAAACUACCAAAUGAGUGGGCACCAAGAGCUAUACGCAUGCUAGACUGGGCAAACUCCCAAAUUCUUCCUGAAAAUGGAUUACUGAACAUUAGCAACCCUGCUUUUGGCGGUGAUUGGAACUAUUACGAUGCGCCACAGACUGGUAUUGUCUCUAAAUUCAACAUGGUUUACGCAUACGCUCUCCAGGAAUGCAUUACUUUACUCGCCGACGGUGGCAUCGAUACGGAGCCAUACCUCUUGCGACUGGAAGCUUUGCGGAUGGCCAUUGACAAAACGCUUUGGUCGAAUGAGCUCAACGCAUACUACGUUUCCGACGCCAUCAAAGACGGCUUUGGUCAAGACUCGAACGCUUUGGCCAUCCUCGCUGGAGUGAAUAAGAAUAACCAUACUUCAUCAAGGAUUCUGAAUAGCCUCAAACAGCUUUCCACACCUGUCGGUCCUUUUGCUUUCUCGCGAGCAGUUACUACAUCUGGUUUUGCGAAGUACAUCAGUCCCUAUGCAUCCGCUUAUCAUCUGCGCGCAGCAUUUCAGAGCAAAGAUAGCGAGUCUGCUAUGAAUCUUCUGAAAAGCCUUUGGGCACCAAUGGCUAACCCGAAAGGCUCAUAUUACACUGGGUGUUUCUGGGAAACGCUGAACGCCACAGGCCUUCCCGCACUUGGAAGAACAACUAGUCUGUGCCACGGAUGGGCUGCAGGUCCGACUGGAGAACUUAGUGAGCACGUCUUAGGAGUGAGUGCUGUAAAGCCGGGCUACAAAGAAUGGAAGGUUGCUCCAAUGACACUUGGGCUGGACUGGGCGAGAGGAAGGUUACCCGUAGCCGGGGGCGAGAUCUCCGUGGCCUGGAAUGCCACUGGUACCGUGAUAAAGAGACUAGAGGUGAAGAGUCCAAGCGGAAGUUUGGGUACAGUGGUUGUGCCCCUACUAGAUGGAAAUGGGCGGACGAGAGGGACCUUCAACGUCAACGGUCAGAGAGUAGACGGAAACGGAACCUUUCGUGUUGCAGGAGGAGAGAACUUCAUCUUGACGUAUGCUAUUUGA